GAAGGUUCUGACUGCAUGGAGAGAAACAGAAUACUAGAAAAUGUAAGGAAAAAAAGGAAGGAUCUAGGCUCCAAACGCUCCAAUAUUCUAACCUCUCAUCAACAUAACACGUGUCACUCUCACACAACUCCUUUUUUUCAUAUACAAAAGCUUAGCCACGUACAUUCAUUCAUCUUAAGCAAUUUAUUACUACUUAUAUAUUAUUCUUUGACUCUGCCCCCAAGGGAUUGGCGUGAGAAUAUGCAGAGAGGAAGAGGUGGCAGAGACAAUUUCAACUCCUUUAGCAGUCAAUUUGAUAGAUUUGGAGGCAUAAUGUCAAGUAUAUUUGGAGGAAGAGACCCUUUUGAUGACCCAUUUUUCACUCGCCCUUUCGCAAACUUGUCUCCGUCUUCCAUGUUACAUCCAAGAAUUCCUGCUGAUGAGUUGCAGCAGGUUGAUGAAGUCAGUGGGCCAGUAAUUCAAGAGAUAGAUAUGGAUGAUGAGGAAGAAGUAUCGCUUGAACUAGAGGAGGAAGACAGGGACGUUAAUGGCUCUAAGGAGAAAAGAGAUAGGGCUUUUGCUAACAGAAAUCCACUUGUUGAACACCCUGAAGACCAAACUGAUGACCAUAGCAAGAGCAAGAGCGUAAGCAAAGAUGUUACUCAUGGAAUGAAAGACUUAAAAUUGGAAGGAGCACAAUCGAAGACUCAGGGUAUGAGCUAUAGAAGAGUUACAUAUGGUGGAAUAGACGGGACAUAUUACAGCGCCACCACCACACGGAGGACUGGAAAUGAUGGAAGGGUGCUAGAGGAGAGCAAGCAAGCAGAUAGAACAACUGGUCAAGCAACACAUAGAGUCUCCAGAGGCAUUCACGAUAAGGGGCACUCAUUGACAAGGAAGCUUGCCUCCGAUGGUAAGGUGGACACAACACAAACAUUGCAUAAUCUCGAAGAAGAUGAAUUAGCUGGCUUUGAACAGACAUGGAAUGGCAAUGCUAAUAAGGAAAUCCCUGUCUGGAAGAGCGCAAAUGCAGGAACAAGUAGUGAUUGGCUGACGAACUGGAAUCCUGGAGUCCGAGAUCAAUUUAUUGGUGUGAGACCUGAUAACUGUGCUCAGUCAGGGACUCAAAGUGGAAGGCCAAAGAAGGUCGUCCGGAUCAAUAUAGAGUGAAUGUACGUAUUCGCCAGAUCAACAUCAAGCCCGGGAAUGGAGAACUUCCCGGUAGACUAUACUAUACCUGUCAAGCCACAACAACAACAAAAAAAAUAUCUACAUAUUUGGUAGUUGCUUAGAGUCAUGGUGAGAGGUGACAAGAGCAGUUGUACGUCUAUAAAGAAGGGAUUUAGUAUGUUAGUAAUAUUUUGUUUCUGGACGUUAGUGUUGGUUAGAAUCUGUUUAGCCAUAGUGAUUUUAGAUUGCUCGUCUUUCUGAAGAUGACUGAUAGAAUAAACAUAUCUGGAUGGUUUGCAGUAUCAAUGCUUUUUGUCAUCAGUGACAUUUCGA